GCGGCAGCGGCCCCUGCGCCCCAGUGCUGUGGGGCUGCUUGCGCGCUGCGGGGCUUACUACACACCAUGGCAGGCGGGCUGGAGCUCGGCUCCCUCCUCUUCGCCCUUGUCGCCUGUUUCGGUGGCCACCAGCCCGCUGAGGCUGCUGGAGGAGCCAGCGGCAGGAGGGGGGCAGCGGCCGAAGCCUGCGGAGGGAGGGGGCUGUCAUCAGUCACCAGGAACAAUGGACUACUCAAUAUCACCUUUAAAUAUGACAACUGCACACCUUACCUGAAUUCAGUGGGAAAGCAUGUGAUUGGAGAUGUGCAGAAUAUAACUAUCAGUCAGUAUGCAUGUUAUGAACAGGUUGCAGUGACGAUACUUUGGACAGCAAAUGCCAUUGGGAUUGAAUACCUGAAAGGAUUUCGAGUAAUACUUGAGGAGUUAAAAUCAGAGGGAAGACAAUGCCAGCAGAUGGUUUUAAAAGAUCCAAAGCAGCUCAGCCCCAGUUUUAAACGAACAGGAAUGGAAUCCCAGCCCUUUCUAAAUCUGAAGUUUGAAACAGAUUACUUUGUAAAGAUUGUUCCUUUUCCUUCCAUUAAAAAUGAGAGUAAUUAUCACCCAUUUUUCUUCCGAACUAGACCAUGUGAAUUGUUGCUACAGCCAGAAAACCUUGUCUGCAAACCUUACUGGAAGCCAAGGAACCUAAAUGUUACCCAGCAUGGUUUUAACAUGCAAGUGUCCUUUGAUCAUGCACCUCACAACUUUGGGUUUAGAUACUACUUUCUUCACUACAAACUGAAGCAUGAAGGGCCAUUUAAGCAAAAAACCUGCAAACAGGAGCAAAACACAGAUACUACAAGUUGUAUUCUUCAGAAUGUGUCUCCAGGGGAUUAUAUAAUUGAGCUGGUUGAUGACACUAAUACAACAAGGAAAACAAUGCACUAUGCACUAAAACCAGUACACUCUCCAUGGGCUGGACCAAUAAGAGCCAUUGCCAUCACAGUCCCUUUAGUUGUCAUUUCAGCAUUUGCGACACUUUUCACAGUGAUGUGCCGCAAGAAACAGCAAGAAAACAUAUAUUCCCAUCUAGAUGAGGAGAGCUCAGAAUCUUCAGCAUAUGCUGCAGGUCUCCAUGUGGAAAGACUCCGUCCCCGGCCAAAAGUGUUCAUCUGCUAUUCCAGUAAAGAUUGCCAGAAACACAUUAAUGUCAUCCAAUGCUUUGCUUAUUUUCUUCAGGACUUCUGUGGCUGUGAGGUGGCUCUAGAUUUGUGGGAAGAUCUAAAAAUUUGUAAAGAAAGACAGAAAGAGUGGCUUGUUAAAAAAAUAAACGAGUCCCAGUUUAUCAUCAUUGUGUGUUCCAAGGGAAUGAAAUACUUCGUUGAAAAAAAGAACUGGAAACACAGAGGGAUAACCAAAGAUGCUGGAAAAGGAGAACUCUUUCUGUUUGCUGUGUGGACCGUUGCAGAGAAGCUUCGUCAAGCAAAGCAGAAUUCAAAUGAUCUCUGCAAGUUCAUUGCAGUCUACUUUGAUUACUCCUGUGAAGGAGACAUCCCUGGUAUUCUGGAUCUAAGUACAAAAUACAAACUUAUGGACAAUCUGCCUCAGCUGUAUUCACAUUUACACUCCAGAGAUCUUAGUGUACAGGAUUCAGAGGUGUUCCCUGUUAACAUUAGUAAAAGGAAUUAUUUCAGGAGCAAAUCUGGGAGGUCCCUUUAUGUUGCCAUUUGCAAUAUGCAUCAGUUCAUUGAUCAGGAACCAGAUUGGUUUGAGAAACAAUUUAUUCCCUUUCCUCCACCUUCUUUACAUUACUCAGAGCCUGUCAUGGAAAAAUUUGAUUCAGGUUUGGUUUUAAAUGACUUAGUGAAUAAACAGGAUGGCGAUUUUUACAUGAAAGCAGAUAUGAAUGUUAUUUCAGCUGGGAAUUCAGACUCUCACUGUAUAAUUCAGCACUUAAACCUUGGAGAAGACAUAGAAACUCAGGACAUUCAAGGUGGUGGCAGCUCUGUUCUUCAGCCAUUGCUACAUGUUGUUAAAGCUUCAAAUCUUAAAGAUAUGCCUCGAGAUUCUGGAAUCUAUGAUUCGUCUGUUCCUUCAUCUGAAUUAUCUCUACCUUUAAUGGAAGGACUAUUGACAGACCAAAUUGAAACAUCUUCCAUUACAGAAAGUGUUUCUUCGUCAUCAGGUUUAGGGGAAGAAGAACCUCCUGUAAUCACUGCUACAAAAUUCUUAGUGCCUGGAAUAUGUAAAGCAGAACUUCAUUGCCAUAUCCACACUGAUGAACUGCAGGCAAUUGCUCCUUUAUAAUCCACUACAACGUUAUAAUGCAUUGCCACUUUAUCAACAGCCUCUGUUUGUGCUUUAGCUACCACAUGUCUCAGCACUAAAUCUACUUGAAGGAACAAAUACUCCCUGAAGAAGAUCUGUUAUUCCUAAGAGGUCUUUUUAUGGCCAGUAAACUUGAAUCUGUUGCUCUUUUUUAUAAAAGUCUGUCAUGAUUUGAAAAAUGCACCAUGGAAAAAUAGAUGAGAAUGCAUUUAAAAAUGAUUCCUAUUACUAAUUUAAAUGUCAUGAUAUUACACUGUUUACAGAUGCCAUAUACAAAAUUGACUUUUUUUUGUUGCUAGAAAUAAUCUUGCAACUGGACAUAAAAUAGCUUGGAACAUUAAGUCUUAGUAAGUUUUGUAGUCCAGCCUCUAGCUUUAAGUGCUGACGUACUUGAUGGCAAGAGUGUUGUAGUGAAUGAGAGCGGAAUUUUUUUCAGAAGGAAGAUAAAAUGCCAAAGGUGAGACCAAGAAAUUCUCCAUCAGAAGAAAUAAUUUUCCUUUAAAAAUGUUUGAGCUCCUUUCAUUACAGUCUUCUCUUUCCCGAAUGUUAACAUGUCUCAGUAUUUAAUUUCAGAUAAGCACAUCUUCCUCUAUGUAUGAUUCUCCUGUCUCUUCUCCGCAAUCUGGCUAUGAUGACUCACAAGUAGUACUGUACUCAACCUGAAGUAUCAUUUUUAUAAUAGGCAAAUAUAUAGAUCCUGCAUAUGCUGGGUGAUACCAUGGAAACAAAGUUUCCUGUUUUCUUCCUGGAAGGGCUGAUAGAAAGAAUACUUUAAAGAGAUGGGGGAAGGAAGACCAAAUUUCGUAUUUAAAACAUCAUUCUGGAUUUGUUUAGCCGUGAGCUGAGUAUGCUUCGUGGGGGAUUUCAUAUUAUCCUUCAAGGACAAACCACCUGGGGUAAAACAAGUUAAGUGGUUAGCAGGCAUGAAUGCUUUGCUUUGGUUUCAGUCAAUCCAGUAUCAGAAGCCCAAUGAGUUAUUUUGCAGUUCACACUACUUAUCAUUAUUUAGUGCUUAAGACAGUAUCAUCUUACUAGUGUUAUAUUAAGAAAAAAAAUGCUAAAACUGCAACUGGCCGUGUUUAUCUAAAGACACAAAGCACACGUCCUGUCCUCUGCAGUGACUGGAUCACUACACCAUCACCCAAAAUAUCCUCAUUGCUUCCAAAGAGCAACUUGUCAUAAGUAGAACCCAUCUGUGCAACUACAAGUCUGGGCAGUAUUAUAAUAAGCAUGAUAACAGCAAAUAGUAAAGAACACCGUAUAAAUGUGCCUUUGCUAAUUUUGCUUAUGGGGGCAGAUUCUGUCUCGUUUAACCUUUCUUCACAUUCCACUAGCAGGAAGUUACUUUAGGAAUACAUCAGGGGAGAACUCAAACACCUGAAAUAUUCUCUCAAUUUUGAUAGAUGAGAAUUAGACAUUGCUAACUGUUACACUGUAUUAUCCAUUUUAAUAGUGUGAGAUAGAACUAUUAAACCAGGGAUGGUUUUGGCUGAGUAGCUUUAAUGCUUCUGGGUUUUUGGGGGGGUUUGUGCCAGUUUAUAUUUCAUCAUUUGAAUUUCCAAACAAAAGACUCUCGAAAUUGUCACAGAUGGAGUAAGAAAGUUCUGUAACAAUUAUUUGAACACAGCCAUCGAUGGCAGAACUGUGGCAUGCUUUGCAAUUGUACUAUGGAAUUCUGUGGUCAACUGGAUGUAUGUGUCAGAUUUGGAGAGCCUUGUACGUUAAUGCGAUGUUCCUUACUUUUCCUGUUUCUUGAAUUUGAAAGAACACUAACUGGAAAAGCUCUAACUCACAAUACCUGAGUAAAUGAUUCUCUACUAAAUGCAGCUAUGAAGGAUCUUGAUUCAGUGCACUUCUUGCUGAUUUACUAGAGAAGGAGCUUGGAGUGAUAAGGCACAGGCAGAAGGGCUACAAAAUUUGUGUGCUGAAGAGCUGCUACGCAGAGAAAUGCAAAGCAUUUUCCUCUGUGGCAAGUCAUAGCUCACACACUGUUACUUUAUGCUAGACUGAAGAUUGGGAAGAUUUUCUGUUUCCAUUAAAUUCAGUGGCGGAACUGGUAUUACUUAAUGGAAUUAAGUUUUCAUUUUGAGCUGUAAGAAAGCUCCGUUUCCAAAACAAAGGCAGUUGCGCAAAGAGUCACUUGUCAUAAAUAUUUUUAUUUUUAUUUCUUCAAAAUACGCUGUACAAUCCUGCAAAUGUUGGUUUUUUUAUUAUGAAAGGUCUAUGCAGAUGCCAGUAAAAUCCAUUGGGGGGAGAGAAGGGGGAGAAGGAAGAAGAAUAAUUCCUUUAUUCCUUCUUAGCGUAAGGUGGAAACAGCAUAUUAUAUGUCUUCAGAAGAAAGACAAUAUAAUUAGUUGAAAAUUUAGGGUAGGACAGCCCACAGAAAAUAUACAAAAUUGAGUAAAUAAUCUGAUUUAGUGUAGUUUUUUUACAAAGCCACAGGGCUUUAAAACCUAGAAAAAUACUGUGUAUAUUUUGGUGCUGGAAGGACUGAUACUGAAUUUGCAAGAAUUCUGUAUUUUCCCUUCAAUGAGAAUAACAACAAAAAUCUUUGUUAAAAGUUAAUUUUAAACCAAAUAUGUUAACAGACAUAUUAGAGGGUAGCUUGCUACUAUUUUCAAGCAUUAGUAAACUCUAAAAAACAUCAAUAGUCAGAGGAUCCCUUUAAUCUCUACUAGACUUAAGUGUGUGGACAUUGUUUGGAUGUUUUAAAACGUGUUUUCUGGGAGAGCGGAAAAAAAUGGGAAAGCUGAAGGUUCAGGAUACAGCAGUGUGUUCAGCAUCAUGAAUGUUAAGUAAACUUGUUGCCAUAAUCUGUACCUCUACAUGAACACAUCAGCUGUUGAAAACAGAAUGCAGUUGACAUUUGCAGAAAUAAAUGUUUUAUGAUACUUUAAUUUAGAAGUUAAAUAUCAAAAUAAAACAUUUUUUCAUUUCUCUCCCUGGGCUUUUCUUAGUAGUGUAAGAAGACUUGGCUUAAAGAGUGCAGUUGUUUUAUUCAAAACACUUUAAUGCGGUUAUACACAGCACAUUCGUAACCACUGUUCUCUAACCGCUGUUCAUACGCUGCAUCUGGAAGUGUAACAGAUAUUUUGAUGGGUGUUUAAUAUAGUCAAGUAGCUGUAAGAAGUGUUAAUUUUGUAAAACUUUGGUAUUGGAAAGACUGUUUUUUUUUUUUUCUUUAUUAAAACUAUGUUAAUAUGAUUUUAUGUAAUUAUUUUUCCUAUAUCCUCCUUGAAGCUCUCUUAGCAUUACAUGGUUCUGCAAGUGAAACCUAUCCACACCAACCACAGAAUUACAAUAACCUGACUUAGAUUAAUUUUGUCAAAAAUGGUGUGAUAAUUACCUAAAAUUUGUAUGGUUUUUGUUUUCAUCCAAGUGGAUUUCACUGUUCCAGUCAAUGAACCCUGCAAACUGAUUUCAGGGAUAAGCCACUCGUAUUCCUUAUGUUGCCCAGGUAAAUGAAGGUUUUUAUAAUGGACUGGCAUAUUUUAUUUUGGUCUGGCACAAUCAAACUUAGAAUGCUGUAGAAAAAGCUGUAAUGAGUCUGUAAAGUUCUUAUUAUUGAAGACUUGAAUUGUUGACUUAAUACCAGAUGGUUUGCAUACACAUUAGCUAUGUUGAAUUUACAGGGUGCUGUUUAUAAUGUUUAUACUUGUUUUCUUUGGGCCUCUGUCCCACAAUUCCUAAUUCUGCUUCUAUCACCAGAUAAAUCAGAGACAUUCUAAAGGGUCAUUAAGCACUGAAUAGCUGCAUUAGUAAUUCAAAAGAGAAUUUGAUCAGUUACUUCUCUGUAUCUUUGGGAAGUGUUAUCCAUAUGAAUAUUCUGCAGUCCUAAUCUCUGUAGCCUCUGCCUUGGAGCCGUGUACAUGAGGGACUUUGUGGCUGAAACACAAGGGCAAGAAGGAGUUGCUCUAGUUUUUAUACCUUCCAUUUAAAACAUGAGAACCCUCAGGAUGCUUUCCUGAUGUUUGGGAACUCUUGAUCAAAAUUCUUACACCUUGAGAAUGUGGAAAGAUACGCUUUGAUAUGAGGAUGAGCAUAUGGAUACAUCUCAAAAAACUUAAGGAAGAAAGCUCUCUUUUAUCUUGUGUUUAAGUAUUGGGAUGACUUGAUACUGAAAUCUCCCCCUCAGAAAAAACCCCAACCCACCAAAACCAUAACCGAACCAACAAGCAACAAACGCUUUUUCAGUUACAAUGAAAACUGCGCACAAUAUGUGCAUUCAAACUGCAGCUGGCCAGACCUAAAUAAUUUCUAAAAGGUCAGAAGUUAAAUGCUGUGCUGUAGAUCAGCUGAAGGAAUUUUCCUCUCUAUCUGUUAUAAACUAUUUUAUUUUACUUGCUAUCAUCCGUUGCUGUUUCUGAGACUUCCACAAACCAGAACAAUGGUCAAUUUAUAUAUUUUGUAAUGGGAUACAAUUCUUCUUCUCUUAGAACUGAUUUAAUAAAGUCUGAUUUACCCAU